ACUUGGCUGCUGCAGUGCACUAGUCUUCACAGGGUUAAGCUAAUUUCAGCUCAAAUUUCUCUGCUUUCAAAUCCCAAAGUUCUUUUUUUCUUUUUCAAGAAAAUUCAUGUCACCUCUGUCUGUAAAGUGAAAAAUUACCCAACCCCUCUUGUGUUUUUUGCUUUUUUUUUCUUUCUCAUUCAUGUUUUGACUAGUGUCUAGCUAGUACUUUGUUCCCUUUAUAUAAUGGUGUCAAAAUCUUGAAAAGCUCAUAAAACUAGUGUUUCUAAUGUCUUGAGUUUCUUGAAAAGAAAAAAAAGUUCAAAAGACAUGAUCUUGUUUUUUUUUUGGAUGACAUUUUUAGUUCUUGUUUUGGUGAUACCAAUGGUGUCAAAAUCUUGAAAAGAUUAUAAAACUACACCAUCAAGUGUCUUCCCAAGUUCUUGGGAAAAAAGAGGAUAUACUUUUUGUUGGUUUUAGUGCUUCAUUUUGGAUUUUGAAAAGCUCAUAAAACAACUACAACCUCCUCUCAAUUUAUUGAUUUCUUGAAAAAAAGGAGUUAAAAAGACUUGAUCUUGGUUGUGUUUUUUUUUUUUGAACAUUUUGAGUUUUUGGUUUGGUAAUUAUAAUACCAUAACUAUCUUCCCAAUUUCUUGAAAAAAGAAGAGUUAAAAAGACUUGAUCUUGGUAUUGUUAUUUGACAUUUUUAUUUGUUGGUUUGGUACUUAUAAUACCAUAACUAUCUUCCCAAUUUCUUGGGAAAAAAAAGAAGACAUGAUUUUGGUUUGUUUUUGACAUUUUAAGUUCUUGGUUUAUAAGUGGUGUUAGAAUCUUGAAAAUCUCAUAAAAUUACCAUCAACUGUCUUCCUAUUUUCUUGAAAAAGACAUGAUUUUGAUUGGUUCUUGACCUUUUUUGGGGUUCUUGAUUUUGGUAUAACAAAAGAAUGGGAGAAGUGGAAGGGGGGUGGGGUUGGCCACCAUCACCAAGUGGAUCACCAAUGUACAUAACAAAAGAUGAUCAUUGGACACAUUUUGAUAAUUCUGUUAAUGCUGUUUCUUUUGGUUUUGUUGCCACUGCCGUUCUUAUUUCUAUGUUCCUUGUCAUGGCUAUUUUUGAGAGGUUUCUCAGGCCCAAUUCACAAGCUUUAUCGACGUCCCGUGGACGGAAUCUUGGUGAUAUUGAGUCUCAGAUGAGCUUCAAUGGAAAACUUGGUCAUCAAACAUCUAAAGUGUCAACGAAGGCUCGAGAAGUUUCUGUGUUGAUGCCAGGAGAAGAUGUCCCUACUUUUCUAGCCAAUCCUGCUCCCGUACCCUGUCCUCCUGAACGCGAUCCAUGGCCUCUCCAUCAACAGAAUUCCUUGCCCGGUCUCUUGAACUUGGAUUCGAAUGCACAAUCCUAGCUAGCUCAAUUUGAAGGCAAUAAACAUUGACAAUACCAAAUUGAUGGAGUUCACCAAUUGGUUUUUUUGUCCCUCCCCUUGGCUCCUUAAUGUAAUGUACAUAUAGCAUAUAGGUAUUGGCUUGUUAAAAGCUCUUCUUAUCUGUUUAAUUGAGUCGAGGGUCUUUCUGAACAAUUUUUCUAUGUUUAUAAAAUGAAAAGUUGCAUACCUUUAUUCAGAUCGACGACUGUAAUUGUUGUUAUAA